AUGGUCAAGUCCAAGCGUGGAAAAGCCCGGCGCACCGAGCUUGAUGAAGCGAUCGCUCAUAUCGCCGACAUCCUGAACCGCUUGUACAUGGAAUCACAGGAUGACACGGGAGACAGCGACAACGAGGAAGACGCUUCGCCUUCGUCCCCGCCUCCGCCCCCGCCUCCGCCGACUGUCUAUGCGCCCCCUCGUCAGCAUGUCCAGACUCACGAGGAGUUGUCGUCUCCUAUCGACACGCUUCGCAAUAGCCUGGCAGCGCUGUCUGCGGGCGGCUCGAUUUCUGUUCAAACGUCGGGACCGACCGUCAUCCCGAUCAUGCCCAACGUUCACACUGUCAAGCCCUCGGCAUGCGCCGCAUCAGCCUCCACCGCCGCUUCCUCGGCUCCCUGCAGCAGUGGAGGUGACAUUCACUCUGCUUGUGAUGAGGUCGGUGAGGCCUCCACUAGCGAUAUACGAUGGGACAUCGUCUCUACGCUCGUGAGCGGUGUGCCUGGGGCGAUCUAUCGCCAUCACACCUCUCGUCAGGCUGCUGAGGACGCCUACAUCAUUGCGUUGCAGGCAGGCCGCGUCUCCAUCAUCGUGUGA